AUGUGUACUGAUAAGCUCCUCAAGAAAAUAGGUGAUAAAAUUAGCAGAAAGUUGACUCCCGAAGAGAAAGAUAGUAAAUUCGUCAGAGAAGAAACCACAGCUCCACUUGGAUUGGCCGUAAUCCCACUUACCUUUACUUCCAAUGUAAUAAAAAAUUAUCGCCUUAGUAAUUAUGAAUCCAUCACAAUCCCGACUGAA